AUGCGUGUUUUAACCAUUUAUACAAAGGAGUUCAUGUUAAAAAUUAAGGAUUUUAUUGCGAAAAACCAUAUUGCUAAGUUUGGAGUGCCAGUUGCUAGUGAAGCGCACAAAUACUGCAAACGAGGAAAGCGCAUUCGUGCCGGUUGGCUAACUGCCCUUGGUCGUACUAUUCCCAGCAAGAUGGCCGUGCCUACCAUUGUGAGUAACAAUGUCCGCUCUGUGUUUGGGAAGUUUCCGGACUUAUCCUACCUGCUCCAGCGAAAGGAAUUGCGCACCUCAGGUGUCUUGUGUCUUCAGGAAUCAUGGCUCAAUGAGGAUGUGGACGAUUCCGUGGUGCAACUGGAUAAUUUUGUCUGCUUCAGAUAA